AUGGAGUCUGUUGUCGCCAGCCUGCGCACACAGCUGAAGGAUCUUGAACUACGCAUGCUGGCCUACCGUCAGGAAUUAAUCGCGGAAUUCCAUCAGAAUCUCGAAUCGCAUCUCCGCGACGCUCCCUCACCAGCUGUCGCCGACGAAAUCACCGCCGCCGUCCAAGCAUCCUUUGGCGACUUCCCCACGCUUAGCCCGCACUUGCGACACCAGAGAACAGGUGACUCAAUCUCACCUAUCAGCCCCCAAUCCCACCACUCUCCGAUUGCCCACGGCACCGACGACACACAGAGCCGGCCACGCGACCGACAUCACGAGCUACAGGGCCUGUUUCCGCCCUCGUUUCUGCCGCUGCUCGACAGCCACGCACAAGAGCUGCCUGGCCAGCACCACCCCGCCGAGCCAGCACCACCACCAGUCACACUUGCGCACACAGGGCGGCCUCACACCGGUGCGGACGACGACGACCCCAACGCCCUGAUCGACGACUGCGCCGCCGGAAACACGCUUCCGGACCAAGAUACCAUGGGUCACCGCGAUUUGCCCACCGACAACGGUGUCGACGCUUCAGGCGAGGACGCUACGUCGUCCAUCUCGUCCGACAAGAGCGAGGGCAAGGUCCGAAAGAGCGCUUUGCGCAAGUCUUCUGGCUCGGCAAAAUCGCAGCAGAGCCCCAGGAGGGUUCGCUUCGACGUCAUGGGCAAAGAAGUGCUGCCUACAGCCUCCCCCAAGCUUCCCACAUAUAUGAACCUGCGCCCCUCGUCUCCGAUACCAGGCAAUGAGGCUCCCUCAUGCGACUCCAUCCUUGGAGAUGACGUGGAACUCUCGCCUCCGCCUCGCAAAAUUUCGUCAUCCGACGCUCUGAGAGCCCUUUCGAGAACACCGUUUGAGGACGGCGCCGUUUGGACUGUAGUGAACCCUGAUUCGGAAGAAGCAUCCUCUGAACACGAUAGUUCGAAUACGACAACGCCAGGUACUGUCACUCCGCCUCAAAACAAUUACGAACCCCGCAAGUUUUAUACGGGCACGGCUUCCGGAAACCUUGGCUUAUCGGGAGACGUCUUGGAUACUUCUGCCGACCAGCUCAGCGACGACGACGACUCGUCCGAAGACGAAGGCUUAUCGCUUGGUGGAGGAAGGAAGCCAAAACCACAAAGCCCAAAGAAGCAGCCCCCUGCAAAGAUGGAGAUGCCAAUUCGCUCAGCAGAAAAGAGCGGCCUCACCAAAUCUGGUGCCACGUUAUACCCCAAAACAGCCAAGACGCCGCCAAAGGCAGACCACGCUCGCGACCACGAAGACAACGACAUGUUUGAUUUUGAGACAGAACCUGGCAUGAAGCCGAUACCUAAGGCUACACGACCAGUGCAAGAUGAAGACGACGAUUCCGAUUCCGACGACAUGCUCGAGGUCCGGCCUUCAAAGACAACCGCUAGCGCUCUGUCGAGCUCAUUGACACAGUCCAUGUCUAUCCAGCGUUCCCGCCCUAAAGCAGAAGAGGUAGAAACAGACGAGGCUGCAGCCAAGUUCACCAUUGGAUCCAUAGGCUCCUAUAAAGGUCGACCUGUUAUGAUGCCAGUGGUCAAAGAUCCUGAGUUGCUCGCUCGUGCCGCUUCUCUCGGCAAGGUGGACUCAAUCGUUGGCAGCUUAGACCAAUCUGGUCUCGACGAAGGCGACCCAAGCAGCUAUCGUGCGAGCAUCGCAUCUGGGGCCUUCUCAGGCACACCUCGAAGUUUCACAGAGAGGCUGCUCAUGGAAGACAUGCAAGCCGAAAGAGCACGUAACAGGCGCUCUUGA